AUGUUAGCAGGGGUAGUUUUGUCCUUUUGGGUUUUUUUUUUCUUAUCUGCUAUUGGCUAUGCUGGGAAAAAAAUAACAGCAAAUGAACAACAACAACAAUCUCUGUGGAUUCAACAACAAGAAAAUGCCCAGGAAGAGCUGAGGAUCAUCCGAACAGAGUUGCUAGAAAUGGUGAAGAUAAUGAAGAUGCAUCGUGAGGACCAGAUAAAGAGAGAAGAAGAGACAAAAGCUAAAAUAGCAGAAAUGAGAAAAUAUUACUACUCAGAGGAAGGGAUGGAGGCUGAGAAGGCUAAAUGGAGACAAAUUUACUACUCAAACUUGAAGGGGAAGGAGAAAGUAGUCAAUGAAGAGGAAGAAGAAUCAUUGGAAGAUACGGAGUUGGAAUCUGAUGAUGAUGAAGAAGAAUCGUUGGAAGUUACUAAGUUGGAAUCGGAACCUGUGAUGGAACCUCAGCUUCCACCAUCACUGUGGUCGGCUCCACAGCUUUCUCCACCACCUUCACCACCGUUGUUUACACCAGCUCUAGGGUUCGAGAAGGGAAACGAGGCUACGAUUCUGUUCAUGGAAAGCCCUAAUCAGAGUGUUAGGAAGCGGGAGAUACCUUUGUUCGAUAACCACAUACCACCAUUGCCGCCGCCGCCGCCCUACCCUCCUUUACCGCCACUGUCUCCACCACCGAUGAGACUCGAGAUAACCGGGGGGAAUAUGAAGAGGUGCUUCACAAUGGGGGAAGAAUUACUCACAAAAGACAAGAAAAACAGGGGAGGCCGGUCACCACAACCAUCUGCGGGGGAGAAAAAAAUGGAUCCCUACCGUAGAAACAGAAAGGAAGAAGGAAAUCCACCAUGGCAAUCUUCAAACGUGGAGGAUGAUGGGGAACCAUAG